UCUCAAACCCUUCGAGUAGACGAACGCACCGCCGAUCUAUACCCACCGAGUCUUCGACGUCGCGAGCAACGAAGCAGAGAUGGCGAGCGCGGCGGCAGCAGCGGUGCCGUUCUGGAGGGCCGCGGGGAUGACCUACAUAACCUACUCCAACAUCUGCGCCUCCCUCGUGCGGUCCUGCCUCAAGGAGCCCUACAAGUCCGAGACCUCUGGCCGGGAGAAGGUCCACUUCAACGUCACCAAGUGGGCCAACGGCAAGCCCGAGAAGCCCGGUGCAUCGUUCUUUUUGUGGAGCAAGAGUUUGGUGUUCGAAUCGAAUAAUUGGGAGUUGUGGAGACUGAUUGCCUUGUCGGUGGUGGGCUAGUGAUGCUUUUGGAACACUUUACACAGUAUAUUCAGCUAGGGCAGUCGAAAUAGUCAUAAUUAGCUGGAAGUAUGUGGGGAAUUGAAGUAUGCUUCGCGAUCUCCUUUGAUUGGUUUUAUACAAGUCUACAGUGACAUAGUAGUAUUAGCAUAUAGAUCUUGAUGUUUUGGAACUUGCAAUUAAGAUUUGGUAGCAUGAUGGUGCAUUCAUGAUUUAUGCCUUCAUGUGAUUUGUAUAAGGCAUAUAUAUCUAAUAGGCUUUUCUUAUUAUAAAUAUUUAAUAUCGGAAAGAUUUUUUUGACUGUCUUGAUGAUUGGGUGGCUUCCUAGCACAGAGAUAAUGAGUAGCGUCUUGGCCAGUUGUUUUCUGCAUAUAAUUUUCUAAUCAAUUGAUUGACAUAAGGAUCAUACAACUAAGGAUUCAGAUGGAGGAAAUAAGGUCAAUGGUGAACCACUACUCAUGUUUGGUUGCUUGGAUGUACAAAGAAAUGAUACUUUAAAACACAAUUCUAAUAUGUUGUACUAGCUGCAAAACAUUAUGUAAACUAGAAAUGAAAAAAAAAAAACUUAACAUCAUUCUCGUUUCUCGUACUGGCUUCAAAAAAUUAUGUGAACUAUAAAUGAAGAAAACUAAGGCAAAAUUUUGAUUAAAAAGGAAAAAAAAAUCCAGGUCUUCUCAUUCCUGUUUGUUGAUUUGUGCUAGGACCUUUUACUCUAUGCAUCUUCUUAUUUGGCAACUUCAAUGUUGCUUGCCUCUAGACUGUAAUUUCUCUUUGAGGCAGCUUGUCUAGAUGGUUUAGUUUUCUAAAUACAUUUGUUUGCAUGUUUUGCUUAGCACUAUUUAGUAUAAACAAGUAAAUGCAAAUGGUUGGUAAGAUGGAUUUCAUCUGUUGUUGCCGUGGUUAUAACUAAAGUGGGGAAGGAGAACAAUAACAAUGGUAAAGAUUAUCCCAUUGAUAAAGUCAUUUUUGUGUAAAAAAAGAUGAUGUAAAUGAAAUGUUGUGUACAUGAUUUCAAACACAACAACAAGGGAGCUGGAGAUGUUUUGGGAACAAAUAGUUAACAUGGAGGGUAUUAAAUCUUAUUGAUUAUGCAAAAACUUUUCAGACCAUACUAAGGCAUGGCUAAAUGGUGUAGAGGUUCUAGAGCUUCCUAACUGUAAAGUCAGAUAUUGGUUGUUUGAGGUGAAUGUUGCUUAGAGCCAACUGAGAUCCUUUUCCGCUUUUGUCCUAGGAAGUUGAUGAAUAACUUGUCCUCACGUGCUUCCAAAAUCUGCAAGAUUGUGUUGAGGCAUUCUUGACAAGGCCCCUGAUUCUUAAGUUAGUAGGUGAUUCAGAUGAUUCGGCUAACUUUAUUAAAUUUAUAGAAAGAGUUGUGUCUUGGGAACGUACAUGAGAAACCCUUCUACAGUGAGCUUCGGGUAUUGUUACCUCUGCUAAAAGGUGCCAAUUAUAACGAUAGUGGUGCGCUUCUUUUAGACUUAGCUACUGUCGUGAUGCACUGAAUUUGGGCCGUGACAACUUCCGGCUCGUUCAGCCACGUUCUACUAUUCGUGUGGUGUUGAUGUGCAGGCCACUUUGCACCAAGGUGUUGGCCACCUGGCGUCGAGGUGUCAAUCAUGUCAUUAUUCCUCUAUUACUACCAUAUAUGAAUUAUAAUAAUUUUUUAUUUCUAAUAGAUUGUUCUCCCGUAAAAGAUUCAUUGAUUUAUCUAAUGUAUUGAUAAGCGUUCUCUGGUACUAUAUUUUACUGCUUAUACCUUUACAACAGAAGUACCCUGCCUAUCUGUCUCUCUUCUUACACUAUAUGUUUUGCAUUCUUUUCAUCUAAUCAAAGGAAGAGCAGUGAAAGAUAGUACAUUAUUUAUAUCUUUACUAUUUUGACACACUUUAAGUUGAUGGGAUCAGCUUUCAAGGGGUGAAACCAUCCAGCACCAAAUGUCCAUGGUUGUGGAGUAAAAGUUGUAUUAACUUAAUCUGAUUGAUGACACAUGUGCCAGAUUAACUAAUUUUGGGCAGUGGAUUUCCCAAAACGUGAUAAUUGAUCACCCAUUGAUCCAUACUUUAAUUAGAUUGUUUGUUUUUCUUUGUUUGCAUAUGCUGGUAGUUUAUGUUUUUGCUGUUAGGUGGCAUAUUGUAUUUUAAACUUGGGUGUCUUAGUGAUUAAAUUCAUUUAUCUUUGGCUACCCAACUUUAAUUGCUUAACAAUUAAACCAAUACCAUAUUGUGAGUUCUAAAGGUUGCUACGGUGCAGCAUCUUCAUUGUAUCGCUUUUAUCUAGCUGAAUAAAAAUUGUUGGUUGUCAUGUUAAUUUGUUAACUGCAUAUAAAACUUUGUUGACCUGAGGCUAUUAUCUGGGAAAAGAUCAUUUGUGAAUUUGAUAUUAUAUCUCUUCAAUGUUUCCAAGUGGACUGAUAGAUUUCUGCCCAACUCUCUUUCUUUUCUCUUUCUCUUUAGUUUCAUUUUUUGUUUGUUCCUUGUUUUUUGUUUAAUUUUCUUUUUGCUUUGCUUCAAAACUGCUGAUCUUAGGCGAUCUUCAUCCAAAACCACCCUACUCAUCCUCUUUUUCUGCUUAUGCCGAUGUGUGCCAUUUAGCCUGAGAGAAAUACGAAAAGAAACCUUAUGGACGCCAUUUAUUAUCCGAUGCAUGGAUGCUUGGUUGUGUGUUUACAACUGAAAUAGCUAGUUUCACUCUAUGCCUGCUUCCUCGUAUUUCUUGCCACCCACUCAUGAUUUUAUGAAUCACACUAGUUUUAGUAAAAUGUUACUCCUCUUGGUAAAUUCCUCGGUACCAAUUUCUUGUUUGCCAUUCGUUCGGAUUCAUCGGCGGAUUGAUCUUCAUGUCAAGGUUCUCACAUCCUUUGUU